AAUCAUAAAAAAAAAUUAUUUGAGAUAAUAUUGUGAUAGACCGAUUCAUUGAUAUGAUAAAUGUGAAAAAAAUAAUAAUGCAAUGUAUAAAAUUUUACAAAUAAUAUUAUUAGAAUUUCUUGAAACACGACGACUGCGAAUGUGACAAUUAAAAAUUAGAUUUUUUAUUAUAUUGGAAUGAGUGAACGAGCUAAGAGUUGUUAUUUACGAAGUAAUAGUGAUUCUUUAACAACUAUUUAUUUACCUGAUUCUACUCCAAUUUUUAUAGGACGUUCUCCAGAAACAAAUAUUACAGAUACAAAAUGUUCCAGACAACAAGUUAGACUAUGUGCAGAUUAUUUAAAACAUACAGUAUCAGUUCAACAAAUCGGGAUAAGAGCUUGUGGUAUAAAUGGCUUUAAAACUCAAAAAGAUAUUAGAUCAAUUGUCAAACAUAAUGAUUAUUUAGAAAUUUUAUAUGGGAAGCAUAUAUAUCAAAUUGAAUUUAAUCCACCGCCUAAAGAAAAGAACAAUCAAAAAUUUGUACGUAAACGUUCUUAUGAUUCGGAAGAUGACUCAUUAAGUAUCGAUACAACAAAUUCAUUCAAAAUGCGUAAGAUCAAAGAUGAAUGUAAUGCUACUAUACAGGAAACAAUCAAUACAAAUGAUUAUUUAAAAAAUGAACAAGAUAAUGAAGGAUUAAAUUCUACUGCUUCCACAUCCAAAGGAAAUAGUAUAGAUAAUAAUAAAACUAAAACAAUAGACUUUUGGGAAGAAAAUAAAAAAUUAUUAAUAUAUACUCCGUCAAAUGUACAAAAUCGUACAAAGAUAGCUGCAUACGAUAUGGAUGGCACGUUAAUAAAAACAAAAUCUGGUCUUGUAUUUCCAAAAAAUUGUAAUGACUGGCAAUUGUUAUUUCCUGAAGUACCAAAAAAAUUAAAACAAUUGUAUGAAGAUGGUUAUAAAGUUGUAAUUUUUACAAAUCAAGGAGCUCUUGGUAUAGACAAAGUGAAAAUAUUAGAUUUUAAAAUAAAAACUGAAAGAGUAGUACAAAAAUUAGGUAUUCCUAUUCAAGUCUUUAUUUCUAUUGGGAAAGAUAUAUAUAGAAAACCAGCACCAGGAAUGUGGAAUGAAUUAGUCAAUUAUAAAAAUGGAGGUUUGAACAUAGAUAAAUCAAAUUCUUUUUACGUUGGAGAUGCAGCAGGUCGACGAAAAAAUUGGGCACCUGGUAAAAAAAAAGAUCAUUCUAAAGUAGAUCGUUUAAUGGCUAUCAACAUAGGCUUACUAUUUCAAACUCCAGAAGAACACUUUCUUGGACAUAAAAUUGUACCAUAUGUUUUACCUACAUUUGAUCCAAAAGCACUGCUAAAAGAUGAUAAUAUUUGUCAUCCUACUGAUGCUAAGAUUACUUCGAAACAACAAGAAAUAAUAGUCUUGAUUGGUUGUCCUGCUUCUGGGAAAUCUCAUUUUGUAAAACUUUAUUUAAACGAAUAUGACCACAUUAACAGAGAUACUUUGGGUAGUUGGCAAAAAUGUAUAUCUGCUAUGGAACAAUCUUUGAUUCAAGGAAAACGUGUUGUCAUAGAUAAUACUAACCCAGAUCCUGCCUCACGUGAAAGAUAUAUUGUAGUUGCAAAAAAAUAUAAUGUCCCCGUAAGAUGUUUCCUUAUGACAACAAGUACUGAACAUGCCAAACAUAAUAAUAAGUUUCGUGAGUUAGUUGAUUCUAGUCAUGCCAAGAUUACUGAUAUCAUCAUAAAUUCUUACAUGAAAAAUUAUAUACCACCAACUUUAGAAGAAGGUUUUACAGAACUUGUAAAAAUUAAUUUCGUUCCACGAUUCUUCUCUGAAAAAGAUAAAGAAUUAUAUGAAAUGUACUUACUUGAAAAUUAAUUAUAUUUAUUGAUAUUAAAUGUAAGAAACAUAAUUUUAAAGUU